UAGAAUCUCUUUUUAUACCAUAUUUCAAACACACGUGCGAAGUAAAACCAGUCUAUUCAGCCAAUCAAAACUCGUCCACGCACGUGCCAAACCUAAACCCUUCUGGAAACCCGACACGUUUACUUUUCAAACCAAAUUGUCAACUCUCAAUAGAUUCAUAGAUCCAACUGUCCAUUACCAACUUCCCCUUCUCAACUCCUACUAUUUAAACCUCCUUCGCUGUUCUCUUCCUUUCAACAAAAGUUUCAAUGGCCUGGACCCGACUAGCUGCCGUCGGCCACGGCUCCUUCGCCACCGUCUACCUCGCUGCUUCCUCAUCUUCCGGCGACCUCUUCGCUGUCAAGUCCGCCGAGCUUCUCAAUUCGGACUUUCUUGAAACAGAGCAGAGGAUUCUUUCUUCGCUGUCCCACCCUUCAAUUGUGGGCUACAAGGGAUUCGACGUAACGACAGAAAAUGGGAAGCUUAUGUAUAAUCUCUUCAUGGAGUACGCCGCUGGUGGCUCUCUCGCCGACGAAAUCGUUCGGCGUGGCGGCCGGAUUAAGGAGGUGACAGCGGCGUUUUACACGCGUCAAAUUGUCAGAGGAUUGGAGUACUUGCACAAGCGGGGUUUGGUGCAUUGUGAUGUCAAAGCUAGGAACAUUUUAAUUGGUGCAGAUGGUUUGAAGAUCGCUGAUUUCGGAUGCUCCAAAUGGGUUCGUGAGUCGCCGGCAGCGGUCUGCGGAACGCCGAUGUUUAUGGCACCAGAGGUGGCGCGUGGGGAAACACAGGGGAUUUCCUCUGACAUAUGGGCACUCGGGUGUACUUUAAUCGAAAUGGUGUCCGGCGCCCCGCCGUGGCCUACCGCCGGAGACCCAGUUUCGACGCUGUACCGGAUCGCAUAUUCCGGCGACUCACCGGAAAUUCCGAGCUUUUUAUCGGAGAAAGCGAAGGAUUUUUUAGGGAAAUGCUUGAGAAGAAACCCGACAGAACGGUGGAGUGCGAAUCGACUUCUUAAACAUCCAUUUUUGGGGGAACUGAGUUUUGGGUUCGAGAUAAUCAGGGAAUUACAUUCAGAUUUCGAAUCUCCGACGAGUAUUUUGGAUCAAGGCCCUUGGAACUCGUUAGAAGAAGGGUCGCAAACUCUGUUGAAAACAGAGACAUGGGAGGACGACAGAAUCAAACGGCUGUCGAUGUUUUCAGGGGAAAUCAAAUGGGAAAUGAGAGAUGAUAAUUGGAUCACAAUCCGAAGCUGUGUUAAUGAUGAUAAUUGAAUCCAUUUUUGUAAUUAGUGAAAUUAGUAGCAAGAGUUGAGAGAACAAAGUUGUUAGUUAGUUCAUCUAAUCUCAAAA